CUUACCAUCCGGCGACAAGCGGCAACCAGCAAACAACAGCGUGUGUACAAGGGCCUCGAUCAAAACAUCAAGAAGUACCGUCGCGAACAGGUUUACAAACAUUGGCCCACACAGGCCGGUUGGGCGAAUCACCGGUACAGUGACGCGCACCUUAUCAGCGAACUUCCCGCUUUAAUUCUAAACGAUCCACAACGCGGAGUGUGUCGCGUGUUUAAAACCGAGAUGCAGCUACUCAAAUGGCACGGGCAGUUGAUUUUGCUGAACUUUUUAAUGUUCAUGUCUUGGCGACCAUGUCGAGGACUGAACGUACCCAACUAUGGUUCUACCUAUCGGGCCAAUCCUACCAGGCGAUCAGGCGCUUUUACUAGCGUCAGAGAUCCGGCCUACUAUGACGAGUACGAACCGUCCGCUCCUAAACCACUCAACCAAGAUCAACGUCGAGCGAAGCUGACUGCCAUCUCGAACCCGGACUUUUAUUUUCCACCCGAUCCCGAAGCGGACCUAGCGGAGGCAAACGAACCGGAACCGGCUUUGGAGCGGCAAAAGUCUCGUGCACCGGCUGCUGCAGGAAGCUUCUCGUACAACGAGAAAGAUAAAAAUGGACCCUCGCACUGGCACCGCGUCGAUGCACGCUGUGGAGGCCGGUACCAAAGUCCCAUCCUACUAAACACCAGCAGCGCACAAUUCGUGGGUCGAAAGCGCCCGCUACGUCUCGAUGGACAGACCAAUUUGCCACAGACGAUUCUGCUGCAGAACGAUGGACAUUCGGCGAAGUUUACCUACAACUGGCGCACUUUCGGCGACCGUCCUGUACUCCGUGGUGGCCCGCUGAAGACAAAGUAUCUGUUCGACCAGUUCCACUUUCACUGGGGUGUAAACAGUACGGUGGGAUCGGAGCACGUGUACGACUACCAGCGGUACCCGAUGGAAAUCCAUUUGGUGUUCUACAACGGACUGUACGAGUCGUUCCAGGAGGCCCGGGAACAGGUGGAUGGUAUUGCCGUGGUGGGUUUGUUCUACGAGAUCUAUCAACAUUCGGCGGACGAGCAGCUCAACACGUGGACCCGGUUCUUGCGCAAUGUCAUCACACCGGACAGUGGGUACACGAUCCCGUUCAUUGAUACGUUUCCGCUGUACGAGGUGAUCGGGGAUGUGGAGUGGCCUUACUUUUCGUACGAAGGAAGUCUUACGACACCGCCGUGUCUGGAGACGGUAACCUGGAUCGUGUCUACCAAACCGCUGCUGGUGACGGAGAAGGAGAUGAAGCAGUUCCGUCGGCUCCAAUCACCGACCGGACAGAUGGUGAACAAUUUCCGGCCGGUCCAGAAGCUUAACCAUCGUCGGGUGUUCUUGUACUGAAGCGUACUACGGACGUAGCGUUGUACUGACUGAGCUGAACUGAACAGCGCCUUUUCGCAGCGUAAUACCAAAGGAUUGUCAUCGUUAGUGUUUAGCAAGCGUUUUAUUGCUCAUUGUUACCACCUGCACGUACUGCGUGUCCAGUGAACUAAGUAUUAUACAUUA